GUAUCUAUCUUUGUCGUUGAUGCUGUUGAAUUAUGGUUAUGACAGAGUACAUAAUGAGUUUUCUUUAUCGAAGUUGAGACAUUUUUUGGUCAUGGAAUUGUGGGUUUGUGGUUGGAAAUGCUGUUGAGCUACUUUAGGGGUGGUUUGGGGAUGUGGGUUGCUCUUGUUUGGAUCCGUGGGAUGUGGUUUGUGGGUGUACUGUUUCUGGAUUUCUGGGGGCGUACUGAGGCUGAUUAGGAGGUUUUGGGGUGGCUUAAUUUUGAGUCAAUCGGAAUUAGUGGUAAAUCAAUAAUUGGGGUUGUAACCAAAAUUUGAUCUUUUUGUUGUUUAGAAGUUGACCGUGUAUUCGGUGGGAAGUGGAAUCGGGGUUUUUUGUGUUUUCGUUUCAUUUUGUUUUCGGUUUCUGCGUGUUCUAAGCUUUGAACAAUGGAGGCUAAAUAUGGAGGAAAGACUCAUCAUUUCUAUGGUUCAAUGGUGUCGGAUUUAAAGGCGGUUGGGAAGAAGAGUAUGGAAUGGGACUUGAAUGACUGGAAAUGGGAUGGUGACUUGUUUAAGGCUGCUCCACUGAAUUCUGUACAUCAGAAUGAAAUUAGUUUGGAGAAUGAAAAAGGGAAGAGAGAAUUGGAGAAACGGAGGAGGGUUGUAAUCGUUGAGGAUGAAGAGUUGAAUGAUGAAUCUGGGUCCCUUAAUUUGAAGCUUGGUGGGCAAGUGUAUCCUAUUGCCGCUGGGGGAAUGGAAAAAUGGGAAGGGAAGAGUGGGAAGAAAACUAAGGUCGUUGGGCCUACAUCGAGCAGUGUGAUUUGUCAGGUGGAGGACUGUCGAGCUGAUUUGAGCAAUGCCAAAGAUUAUCACAGACGACAUAAGGUUUGUGAUAUGCAUUCCAAAGCCACUGGGGCGUUGGUGGGAAAUGUUAUGCAGCGGUUCUGUCAGCAGUGCAGCAGGUUCCAUCUUCUUCAUGAGUUUGAUGAAGGGAAGAGAAGUUGUCGCAGGCGUUUGGCAGGUCAUAAUAGACGGAGAAGGAAGACACAUCCAGAAAAUGUUGUUAAUGGAGCCCCCCUAAAUGAUGAAACGGAUAGUAGUUAUUUAUUGAACUUCGAUCACUCAGAGGAAUAUACUGCAGAAUCCAAUCAGGAUGAAGAAAAUAGAAAGUGCCAAUUUGACAUUAACGAGGUUUUAAAGUUCAACCACAGAUAA